CUGAAUAUUCUUCCCAAAAUGUCAUCGGAAUGGGAUAAUAAGAUAAUCCCAGUUAUCGGAGUUCCACUUGAAGCACGCAAACUCCCAUCUGCGCGAAUUCCCAAGAAACCCAAGGAGACCGAUGGAAAUUCAACUGAAACUGUGGUCAACUCUACUGAGAAGCCUGAAGAAAGGAAGGAAAAACCUCCGAAACCACCAAAGCAAAAACAGAAACAAAAACAAAAUCUAAACAACAAGUUUUUGAAAAAUUUAAUCACCGAUACUGGUAAACCGGCAAGUAUGAACGGGCUUUUUGUGGCAGAAGAGGAGGCUAAACUCACUUUACUGGAGAAAAAGGCAAUGAAGAUCCAUAUUGAAGAGAAUACAUUGAGUGAUCCCCAGUUUCCGACUUAUACAACGAAGCAUCAAGGCAGAAUAAAGUUCAAAUGCAGAUUGCUAUGGCUUCUCAACAAGGAAACAUUUAUGAAAAGAGCUAAUAAACCUCAUCUCGCCAAUAUUGUGGUAAAACAAGCACACAUGGAAGCUGUUCCGCCGAAACAGAAUGUUAAUCAAAAGAAACAGAUGAAAAAUCAGGAAAAAAACAAAAACGCCAAACCACUGAUGGAUAUCAAAUUUGAUGAAAAAGCCAGAUCAUUCAAGCAAAGAACGGGAGAAGAUUACAAUGGUGGUUUUGAUAUUUCGUCGAACUAUCAAGGUUCGGAAGGAUCCGGAGGAUAUCAACAUAUCGGAAAUACUUGGCCUAACACCGAGAGUCAAUGGAAUUACGAUCCUUCAACAAAUGGAUAUUCGACUUUCCUUGCAUCAACUCCAGACACUUCUACGACUUAUCAGCCAUAUCAACCAUCAGAAUAUGCCAAUUUUUCUCGUCAAUUGGAAUCUUCGUCGAGUUCUGUUCCUGUAUAUGGUGGAGCUACGGAUCCAACACAAACAUCAACAUCUUCUGUCAUUUCGUUUGGUGUUGCAGUGCACGAACCAAUAUCUGAAUCCUCGGCAUCUGCUUAUGAUGAUCCAACAAGAAACCAUUGGAACCCACAAUCUGCCACGAGUGACUAUUCAACCGUUCCAACUUCUGGAACUUCCAAUGUUUUCCCAUCGUACCAGACAUCAGAAUAUUCUUCUUUUCCAAAUCAAACUCCAUCUUCUUCUUCUUCAUAUCAACAGUCUUCACAAUAUACUCCGAUGGUUCCAGAUUUGAUAAAUCAAGCAAUUAAUGGUUACACAACUCCACAAUAUAAUCAACCGAAUCAGCAAGUAAAUCAAGAUUUCAACACGAAUCAAUUUUCCGCUUCUCUUGCUUCUCUCCAUUCACAACCUUUGGAAGCUUCCGAAGAUGAACUUUUGAGACAAAAAAGACUUAUGGAAAUUGAGCAAGAGCUUCAUAUGAUCAACGCGAAGAAAAUGCAUAUGCAAAUGGAAGCUGAAAUUCGGCAUCGAGAAAUGGAAUUGGCAAAGAGGCAGCAAUUGAUGGAGCUGAGGGAAAGAGAGCUCAGAGAUAGAGAAUGUUUCGAGAAUGGUAGAACUCAUGCGGGUCAUACAGGCCAGCACAACUAUGAUAAUCGAGAAUACAGUUCCCAUCACGAAUCUAAAAAUCCAUCUGUUGGCGGCAACUAUUCUUCGACUUCGCGGUCGAUAAGCAUCAACGAGGAUCCCGCUGCUUCUCACUAUUAUGGACAACGAGUCGAAAGAAAGAAGAGACUGGGAGGAGAAUUAGCGAGACGACAGGGAAGAGUCUACGAAGAAGUUUCAAGCCCAGGCCCAUUGAAGCGAUCGGCUGAUCAAAGUAGAGCAGGAAGUAUUCAACCAGCUGAAGGUCCCAGCAGGAAACAACGUCGUCGUAACAACAAAAACGUUCAAGUAACGGUCAAUAUGGAAGAUAUCAGUGAUGACGAAGAAGUUUGAUUCACAAUUGGCUGGAAAACUUUGUUUUGUUCGAAAUCAAUUCAAUCGUAGAAUCGUUAUUGGAAAAUCUCGUUCUUUUUUAAUUCAAUUUAAGUUUUUGAAUGAAGUUUUACUCAU